AUGGGCCGGUUAAUCAAGAACCACUGGGGGCGCCUAAUCAUCCUCACAGCAUCAGCUUACCAAAUCGCCAGCGCCAUCGAAGGCUUCAUCUGGCCCAAAGUUUUCUGGGAUUUCAUCUCGCGCAACCUCGACGCCGCCGUCAGCCCGAUUCCGAUCCUCCAGAUCCUCAACCUCGUUACCGGGCUGGUUGGCCUGGCGUGGGAAUGGCCGCUCAAGCCCUUCGCGGGCUCAAUACUACACCGCAGCAUUGAAUUUCGACUCAUCGUCUACCCGCUCAGCGCUGUGUUCGCAGCGCUCCUCUACCAAGGCACCGAUCCGGCGAUUUACUAUCUUGUGGGGAUCGGGGUGUAUUUCUGGGCGUAUAGUGAAGGCGAGGUGGUGUGUCCCGAGCCGUGGACUUUACCGAAGAGAUCGAGGGUGCUCAAAGCAUAG